AUGGACCGCGUGAGUGGCGUGUGUAGAUUCGGAGGAGUUGUGUCCGCGGUGAGAACGCGCACGGGGCGGAGUAGGCGACGUCUUGCUGGACCAGGCCAGGCGGCCGAAGAAAUUCCAGAGGGGCCGCGUCGCGGGCUCGGCGCGAUCCUGGUACUGGCUUGCGUGAUCGUCUACCACAAUAGCCUGUACUGCGGAUUCGUAUUCGACGAUAUCAGUGCCAUAAAAGAGAACAGAGACCUGAGACCGCAGACGCCGAUCUCGAACAUUUUCCUGAAUGACUUCUGGGGAACUCCUAUUCAUAAGCUAUCAACGAAA